CUAAAAUAAUAAUCAGUUUUACAUUUGUUUUGUCGACGAAAGGCAUUGCAAAUGGUUUUCGCAGUUUUGUCACCAUUUGUCACAUUUGUCUGAAUCAAUCACAGCAUCCAUUGCAGUGAUGUCUUCAUCCCUCAAUCACCUGAAGUUCUGGAACAAGAAGUCGCUGACAAUCACCGAAUCUGAUCCCACGUAUAAAGUGGUGUAUUUGGGGAAUGUGUUGACGCCGUGGGCUAAGGGCUACCAAUCGGUGGACAAACCUCUGGAGACCCUUUGGAACAACUACUGCACGAAUGUCAAGACAGACAUUCACAUGAAGCUCACGGUUUGCAACUCAGGUCUUAAGGCCAUCACUAAAGAGCACGGAUUGACGCAAUACUGGGCCAAUCGGUGCACCUUCUGCUGUGUCCACCAGUCGUAUCCCAAACUCUUCUGUUGGAUAUACAGACACGACGGACGCAAAGGCAAACCAGAGCUCAGAUGCCAUGCCGUCAUCACAUCCAAGGAGGACAUGGCACAGCGGAUGUCUGAAUCACUUAACGACAAGCUCUCGACAGCUCUGCAAGAGUUUAGGCGCGAGAAGAAGUUGAGACAAAACGCCAGACUCUCGCUGUCGGAGAUCCCGAUCCGCAAACAAUUACUGGUCAAAGGUUUAGCUAACUUUAGGGCACCUCUGGAGCGGUCGAAAAGUGCGCCCAAAUUGACAUCAAUUGUGGAGGAAAUCAAAGAAGAGAACGCUUUCGACGAAGAAGAGGAAGAGGAGAGCGAA